AUGAAGUACUGUGGCAUUGCUACUCCAUUCAAAGGCAUCCGUGUCUACACCCGAUCAGCCAUAGGGAUGCCUGGUUCUGAAACUUGCCUUGAAGAGCAAAUGUGCAGAGUUAUAGGUGACCUUAUCCAAGAGGGUUGCGUUACGAAAAUCGCUGAUGAUUUAUACAUCAGUAGAAACACACCUCAUGAUCUUCUCAACAAUUGGCAAAGGACAUUGUCUGCCUUGGGUAGAAACAACCUAUGUCUUUCUGCCCGGAAAACGCACAUAUGUCCCAAAUCUACAACCAUUUUAGGAUGGGUAUGGUCCAACGGUACUCUAAAAGCCAGUCCUCACAAAAUAACUGCACUGACAUCUGUCAAACCCCCAGCCACUAUAAAAGGACUGCGAUCAUCUAUUGGGGCGUACAAAGUCCUGAGCCACGUCCUCAAAGGAUAUGCUGCACUCAGGGAUCCACUAGACAAAGUCACGGCUGGUCAACCAUCACGCGCCAAAAUCACCUGGACACACCAUACCUAA